GGUUCUGGCGAUCCGAGGGCCCGGGUCCAAGCCCGCCGCCUUUGAUCCCCGGAGUCCCCUCCCUUUUCUGUCCCAGCACCCCAGGCUUCUCCGGGGUUCACGGGACCUCGAGGUGUAAGAUGAGGAAGACCCGAGAGGCUACCAAGCUCCACGGUUUUGUUUUUGCUUUGUUAGUGGAGAAGUUCAAGACUCGUGUUUGCAGAUCACCUGCUCACCCCCAAAUCCGCCACCGUUAAUGGCGGUGAUUAAAGACUAUUGGAAGCCUUGUGAAUGAAAUGAGUUGAGUGCGAUAGGAAAAGAUUACAUACACUUCACCGUCUUCCUUUCAGUUGUGAACUUUCUGAAGGCUCUUUUAAAGGAGUGAUUUCGGACAUCAUGUGAAUUUUUCAGUUGUGGGAGGCAACUGUGCUUGACUUGGAGGGCUGAGUAGUGAAUGGAGUUUGUGGCGGUGCCCUGGAAAGUGCGCUGGGGCGUUGGGAGACUGAUCACCAGCACUCUCUCUGCCGCUGAUGAAGCAGGAUGCUCUUAGACAAAACACCAAAUCUCAAAUUUAUCGAUAGCAAAAGCUGAUCUCAUAAGACAUCUAGGACAAAAAGGCAAGUCCUGCACACAGACCCUGUUUGGAUCAAGUGAGCCAGAUCUUUGAACCUGAACGAUGACUCCUGAAUCAAGGAAUGCUACAGAUUUGUCUCCCCAGGCUCCCCAGGAGAUGGAAAGCAUAGUGAUAGUGAAAGUGGAGGAGGAAGAGGAAGAGGAAGAAGAUGAGGAAGACCAUUUUCAAACAGAAAGAAAUAGCAUAGAGUUAUCACCACAAUUUCUCAGUCAUUCCACAACUAUGAACGAGAGAGCCUUAUUGUCAUCCUAUCUAGUGGCGUAUCGAGUGGCAAAAGAGAAAAUGGCUCACACAGCUGCUGAAAAAAUUAUUCUCCCGGCAUGUAUGGAUAUGGUGCGGACCAUCUUUGAUGACAAAUCAGCUGAUAAAUUAAGAACCAUACCUCUUAGUGAUAAUACGAUAUCUCGUCGAAUCUGUACUAUUGCGAAACACUUAGAAGCGAUGCUUAUGACACGGCUACAGUCUGGUAUAGAUUUUGCAAUCCAACUUGAUGAGAGCACAGAUAUCGCAAGUUGUCCCACACUCUUGGUAUAUGUCAGAUAUGUGUGGCAAGAUGGUUUUAUAGAAGAUCUGUUGUGUUGUUUAAAUUUAAAUUCACAUGUAACCGGGUUAGAUUUAUUCACUGAAUUAGAAAAGUGCAUUGUUGGUCAAUAUAAAUUAAACUGGAAAAAUUGUAAAGGAAUUUCAAGUGAUGGAGCAGCAUAUAUGACAGGGAGACAGAGCAGAGUUAUUGAAAAAUUGUUAGAAGCCACCCAUAACAACGCUGUUUGGAAUCACUGUUUUAUUCACCGAGAAGCUUUGGUAUCCAAAGAAAUUCCACCGAGCCUAAUGGAUGUAUUGAAAAAUGCAGUGAAAAUUGUUAAUUUUAUUAAAGGAAGCUCACUGAAUAGCCGACUUCUUGAAAUAUUUUGUUCAGAGAUCGGAGUGAACCAUACCCACUUAUUGUUUCAUACAGAAGUUCGUUGGUUGUCUCAAGGAAAAGUACUGAGCAGAGUAUAUGAACUCAGGAAUGAGAUCUACGUUUUUCUGAUUGAAAAGCAAUCUCAUUUGGCAAAUAUCUUUGAAGAUGACAUUUGGGUAACCAAACUGGCAUAUUUAAGUGAUAUUUUUGGCAUUUUAAAUGAAUUACAUUUGAAGCUACAAGGGAAAAACAAUGAUAUAUUUCAAUAUCUUGAACACAUUCAAGGAUUCCAAAUGACAUUAUUGUUGUGGCAAGCAAGACUUAAAAGCAAUCGUCCUAGCUACUAUAUGUUCCCAACACUAUUGCAACAUGUUGAAGAGAACAUUAUUCAUGAAGACAGCUUACGAGAAAUAAAAUUAGAGAUAUUAGUUCAUCUCACUUCUUUGUCUCAAACCUUUAACCAUUACUUUCCAGAAGAGAAAUUUGCAUCGUUAAAGGAAAAUAUUUGGAUGAAAGAUCCAUUUGCUUUUCAAACGCCAGAAUCAAUCAUUGAGUUAAACUUGGUGCCUGAAGAAGAGAAUGAAUUACUGCAGCUCAGUUCGUCUUUCACACUGAGGAAUUAUUAUAAGACAUUAAGUUUAUCAGCAUUUUGGAUUAAGAUUAAAGAUGAAUUCCCACUGCUAAGUAGAAAGAGUAUACUGCUAUUAUUACCAUUCACAUCCACCUACUUGUGUGAACUAGGAUUUUCGAUCCUGACACGAUUAAAAACAAAGAAAAGAAACAGGCUCAACAGCGCCCCUGACAUGCGUGUCGCCUUAUCUUCAUGUGUGCCUGACUGGAACGAACUCAUGAACAGGCAGGCACACCCAUCACAUUAAAUGCAAUCUUUAUGCAAUUUUGUUUUUGUACAUUCUUAGGCACUUUCUGUAUAUUGUAUUUAAAUAUUAAUAAAAGUAUGGUUGG